AGUCAUGAUAAUCAGAAAUCCAAUACAAAAUACCUGUCUGUGUGUAAUUGCCUUGGUGGAAAUGACUCAACCAAUCCCCGCCAUGACGACUUACCCUAUGCCGACGAACCCUGUUGUGGUGAUCGGGCCGCAGUUCCUUGCAACCUACCCUGUCGAUCUCGUUGUUAAGAGUAAAACAUGGUCGCUCACUGAAGGUAACUUCGGCGUCACUGACGUUAACGGCACCGUCCUCUUCUCCAUCAAAGGUAAGUUUUUCAGCCUCCGCGAUCGCCGUAUCUUGCUUGACACCUCAGGCAACCCCCUCGUCUCUCUCCAACAGAAGAUAUUAAGUGCCCAUAGAAGAUGGCAAGUAUUCAGAGGAGAUAGCGCAGACGAUAAGGAUUUGCUAUUCAGUGCCAGGAAAUCAUCGUUGAUCCAGUUCAAGACAUAAUUGAGCGUGUUCUUGGCCAAUAAUACGAAAGAGGAUGUGCCUGAUUUCAAGGUCAAAGGAAGCUGGCUCGAGAGAUCGUGCACUGUAUACCUUGGAAAUUCGAACACCAUUGUUGCACAGAUGCAUAGGAAACACACUGCCGCUAGCAUUCUGUUGGACAAAGACUGCUUCGCCGUGACUGUGUAUCCCAAUGUGGACUACGCCUUCAUUGUGGCUCUUGUGGUGAUCCUUCAAGAGAUCAAUGAGGAUCGCAGCGGUGAGGAUUAGAUCUCAAUCCCCUCUACUGUAGUAUUGUCUACAAAUUACAAUAAAAGCACAAAAUGCGUGUGUAGCACUAGAAUCGCCGUAUCAGCUGUGCGUAGUGCCAGAAUUAUCAUGUAAUGUUUAAUUAUGCUACCUUGUCUCUUCACAUGUAUCGUGUUAUCUUGGAGAAAACCGGAUCAUGGAAAUAAUUUAUAUAUUGUAGACCAGAAUUUCAGUUUCA